UGCAUAAAACAAUCUAAACCUUUACGUUGUAAGCAUCAAAAAGUUUAAUAUAUUUCAUUUAAAGGUUGUCAGCCAGGGAAUUGGAUUAUUGAUGACUGGAAACUGGCUGAUGACAUUUAACCUGAUGAGUACUUAAUAUUAAGGGGAACUUGUACUAUUUUCAGUAGUUGAGAAAUGGCCAAUGUAUGACACACCCUUAUUUUUAACGAGACCUAUAAAAUGUACAUGCUGUAAUACACAACCAUUAACUGUUUUAAUUUGAACUUUCCACAGGUUUGUUCCUGUACCUUUGUUUCAUGUAUGAUUGAGAAAAAUCAGAAGGUCAGAUGGGUUAAUAUGAUCAUGAUCGAUGCCAAGCUUUGGCUGAUCAGAUACAUUUAAAGUAAGAGGAAAGUAACGGCAAGUUUACGUUUGGUUUUAACAAGCACAUAACCUCCGAUUUGCUUGGGGUUUUUGAGUGCAGUUUCUCUUUGCUGUAGAUUUGGAGGUAUUUUUAAAGGCAGUUAUGAAUUAUGCACCUCGUCAAUAUUUUUACUGGAUCUGGCUCUGCGUUGAAGGGCCUACGCCUGUUUGUGAACUUACCCAGUGGGGUUAUGGGUAUUGGAGGUGGUUGGGGGGAGGGAGAAUUUCAGUAAUCCUAACUGAAAACAGGCUGUAUGGUGUGAGGUGUACUUUCCCCCUCCUCACCCUGUGGAAAUGGACACUGCUGAUGUAUUUAUAGACUAGGCAAACAGUAAAGAGCUGUUUCUUAAGACAGAGGAGGUCACAUGUAUUCGUCAUAACUGAUAUCAGAGUCUAAGAGCUUCUGGUGCGUCACAUUGUGUCCAGUGCUUUUAAGCAGUUAAGACGUCUAAAGAAGCUAUACCGAUGACAAGAGUGUUUUGAGUCCAGUCCCAACCAGAGACUGUUAUCAGGUGAAACUGUGCUACAAUGGAGAAGCCAGUCUUACAGACGCAGCAUUCCGUGCUGCCAUUCUUCGAUACAGCCCAUGCUGUCAACCUGCUGCGGGGCAUUCAUGAGCUGCGUGCUGAGCGUAAGUUUUUCGAUGUGACCCUGUGCGCUGAGGGAAAGGAGUUCCACUGCCACCGGACAGUUCUGGCCGCUGCCAGUAUGUACUUCCGCGCUAUGUUUGCUGGUACUCUCCGUGAAAGCGCUAUGGACAGAGUGGCACUACAUGAGGUCUCGGCUGAGCUGCUCGGCCUUCUUGUAGACUUCUGCUAUACAGGUCGUGUGACCGUCACAUGUGACAAUGUGGAUGUGCUGCUUAAAGCGGCUGACCUGUUUCAGUUCCCGUCCGUCAAGGCGGCAUGCUGCGCUUUCCUGGAGCAGCGCCUUGACGUCUCCAAUUGCCUGGAGAUCCAGGACUUUGCCGAGGCGUAUGCCUGCAGUGAGUUGGCCACCAGUGCCCGGCGCUUUGCGCUCAACAACAUUAUGGAACUGGCCAAGGGCCAGGAGUUUGAGCGUCUGCCCUGGAAGCGCCUGCUGGAACUAAUGUCAGACGAUGGGUUACGUGUGGACAAGGAGGAAACGGCUUACCAGAUAGCGGCACGCUGGGUUAAGGCUGACCCAAGGAGAGGGCUCCAGUACUGGCCUGAGCUCCUGCAGCAGGUACGCUUGCCCUUCGUUCGACGCUUCUUCCUGCUUGCCCGCGUUGAGAGCGACCCACUCGUCUAUCUGACACCAGAGUGUCUGCGCUUGGUGGGCGAGGCUCGCAGCUUCCAGUCUGGAGAGUACGACCGGCAUGACCGUCCGUGCCAGCGAAUGCGCCCUCGUCCUUCGACAGGUCUCGCUGAGAUCCUAGUCGUGGUGGGAGGUUGUGACCAAGACUGUGAUGAACUCGUAACCGUCGACUGCUUCAACCCACAGACAGGCCAGUGGAGAUACCUGGCUGAGUUUCCUGACCAUCUUGGAGGAGGCUACAGUAUAGCCGCACUAGGCAAUGAUAUGUAUGUCACAGGCGGCUCGGAUGGUUCGCGCCUCUACGACGGCGUGUGGCGCUACAACUCGAGCGUGAACGAGUGGACCGAGGUGUCGCCCAUGCUUAAAGCACGCGAGUACCACAGCUCCUGUGUGCUGAAGGGCCAGCUCUACGUGGUGGCCUCGGACAGUACGGAGCGCUACGACCACGCACUGGAUUGUUGGGAGCCGCUGGCAUCCAUGCUGCACCCCAUGGACAACUGCUCGACAACAACAUGCGGUGGCCGUCUCUACGCCAUCGGCUCUCUAACGGGUGAAGAUACCAUGGCCAUCCAGUGCUAUGAUGCCGACACUAACCGCUGGAACCUGGUCAACUGCGGCCAGAUGCCGCCCUGGUCCUUCGCCCCCAAAUCAGUGACUCUCAAUGGACUCAUCUACUUUGUGAGGGAUGACUCUGCAGAAAUUGACACCUAUGAUCCACAGAAGAACGAAUGGGACAAGAUUAGCCCAAUGAACCAAGUACACGUGGGUGGCAGCGUGGCGGUUCUGGGAGGCCGCCUCUAUGUGUCUGGUGGCUAUGACAACACGUUUGAGCUGUCUGACGUGGUGGAGGUGUACGACCCCGGCGCUCGCUCGUGGAACCUGGCCGGCCGCCUCCCCCAGCCCACUUUCUGGCAUGGCAGUGUCAGUAUCUUCCGCCAGUUCAUGCCCCACGUUCCCAGUACAUUUGAGCCAGUCGACAUACCCGAGGCAGACGACAUCCACCUGCACCGCCACCACCGCCACCACCAGGCUCUUCAAGAGCUCAACAACGAGCUCAACCAGAACCACCGCAAUCGGGAGGUGAACCCGGCACACUGAUGACACUGCCAAACUCGAUAUUAAUUACGCACUUUACCACAUAUUCACCUCAACCGGAGAGCGAGGAACGUGAGCGGACAGUUCCUUAUUCUCUCCUUGUUUGCUUCUCUAAAUUCUCAUUACCGUUUCGCUUGGGGCAGUCGUGUCUGGGAUUUGUGCUUACACCAGCAUGAUUCUCGCCACAAUACUACUAUCUUCAAUAUUAAAAUGAAAUGAAAUGGAACCGCAUGUUGUACACUAGCCAAAAAAAUAAUACUUCAAAAUAGCUGGAAGUAAUUUGGUAAAAGCACUGUGAUGCUUUAAUAACAAUACAUAUGUGUGUGUUUUUGUUUUUUUUUUGUUUUUUUAAUGCACAUCUUCAUAACAAGCACUUGAUCUGAAACUUUAGCACAGUCUUUUAUUUAAAGUAAUGUAUUUUCAAUUCUGUGACUUUGUACAUCAUGAUGCCUUGUUUGAAACGUGCUAGAAUUAAGGAACGCUAACAUUAGAUCAUUAGAUCACAGAUAUUCAGUGUUAAUAUUUAUUUAGUGACGAGUCAGCCAGUAUGCAGAAGCCACGUGGGUAAAAGUAAUUGCAGCCUAUUGUUCUUCAGCUUGUACGAUUAGCAUUAGCAGCAAAACCCUAAAGGAAUUGUUUUCUGAGACGCAAAUCACCCUACAGAAUGCAUCAAACUGCAUUUCAGUGAACAGGCUGCUUUAAAAGCUAUAAAAACCUAGCCUGUGCUAUAAAUGUGGAAAAUAAUACAUAGUCAUGUGAAAAAGUAAGUACACCCCAUGGAAAUUUGUUUUUAGUUUUUGUUACAUAUUUGGACAAGCAAACAUUUGAUCCUCUUUGAAACAGUGUCUAUUAAUAAAGGUGAUGCACUUUAUCAAAUAUCACACAAAACUGACAUUUUGUAUCACACCUUCAAAUCCAUACAGUUAGAAUCAGGUGUUUAAGAUCGGGUGCCAGUGAUCAGAACCUGCUUAGGGAGUGUCUUAUUUAUAUCCCUCUCAUAUCUAGUGUCUGGUGUUCCCUUUGAUAUUGAGGUGUGGGGUGUCAUCAUACCAAGAUCUAAAGAGUUCUGUAAGGCCUUCAGAAAAAAGGUUGUGAAUGUCUGAGUCUGGCAAGGGAUUUAAAAAGAUCUCCAAAUUAUUUGAAAUAGAUCAUUCCGCUGUAAGGAAAAUAAUGUACAAAUAGCACAGAUUUCAAACGAAUGCCAAUUUGUUCAGGACUGGCCGUCCCGGCAAAUUCAGCCCAAGAGAAGACCGUCUGAUGCAAAAAGAAGUCUCCAAGAACCCCAGAAUUUCAUCACAGGAUCUGCUAGUAAGUCUUGAAACUGUUGGUGCAUGCUUCUACAAUCAGAAAGAGAUUGCACAAAUUUGACCUGCAUGGGAGGCGUGCCAGGAAAAAGCCUUUGCAAGAGUACAGUUUACCAAUGAGCUUAUAGACAAAGUCUGUGCAAGAAAACCCUCAUGGUUUUGGCAACUGAAAGAAUAUUGCAUGGAAGAGUGCUCAAAAAUUCCAGCAAGCCUGGCGGACAAUUAUGCAAAACGCCUACAAGCAGUUAUUUCUGCUAAAGGGGACAAUACUAGCUUCUGAGGCCAAGGGUGUACUUAAUUUUUCCACAGAAGAAUAUCACAUCUAUUAAUAUUUCUGUUGAAAGUUAAUUUUCUUUGUGGUUUUGUUCAAGUACAUCAGCUUCAUUAAUAGGUGCUGUUUCAAAGAUGAUCAAAUGUUUGCUUGUCCAAAUAUGUCAAAAACGAUUUUCAUGGUCUGUAUUUAUUUAUUCACAUGACUAUAUGCACAUCAUAUUACACUAUUUAAAGACGUACAGUAGCAAUUCCAAAAAUGCCCUGGAUGAACUUGUUGAUUCUGGAACUGAAAGUGUGGCGCACAGAAGCUCAUGUCAGUCACCAGAGCUCUGCUUGUAGCUCAAUGUGUGGAGGAUGCUAUGUUUACAGCAGCCUCUGGGAGGCGUUUUUGUGUGUUUGUUUGUUCAUUUGUUUGUUUUUAUCAUAAGAGAUUCAGUUGACUUUUAGAUUUGAUUUGAUCUAGUCUGAAAUAUUUUCAGACUAACAUAGUCCAUUAAACCUCCUUUCUUUACCGUCCUGACUAGUGGAUAACUCCCCCACCAGCAACUAGUGAAUGCAUUGGUUCACUAAACUAUGCAACCCCGUAGUGCUUAAUGGUUGGUACGAGGUGUUUGUGAAGUUUGGUUUUUGCGAACCACCUCCACUUUACAUCUCGGCUAAUAAUUCCAGAAAUGCUAAGGUUUGUUCAAAUGUAGCAGUCGUUGUAGUCAAAGGAUGUUCUUUUCUUCUUUUCUUGGCAACCCUUCCAUAAAAGCAAGAUAUAAUCAGCAUUGUUCAGCUAUGAGAGUUAUGAACUUCAACAUCUAAGGCCUGAAGGUGCCUAGAUGUUGCUCUUGAUUUCUUUGAUUAUCAAACAGUCUGGCCUUGGUGUGAAUUUGCUAAGUCCUAGUCCUGAGAAGAAAGUCUUGAAUGUUUUUAGUUUGUUAAGAAUUCUUCUUAAUAUACAGUAGAUGGUGCUAUGGAUGCUUCCCAGAUUGCUAAACAGCAAGCUGCUGGAAUGUUUUUUUCAUGGCAUGGUAUGAAUUUAAGUUGGAAUGAUCUAGACCAGGGGUGGGCAGUCUUAUCCGGAAAGGGCCGGUGUGAGUGCAGGUUUUCAUUCCAACCAAGCAGGACGCACACCUGAUUCCACCUGUUUAAUCAGUUGAUCUUGGCUUUCAAUAGAUUUAGGCAUGGCUUUUGCUUGGUUGGGAUGAAAACCUGCGCCCACACCGGCCCUUUCCGGAUAAGACUGCCCACCCCUGAUCUAGCCUGUCAAGAGUUUUGCUUUUAUAGACACAGCCAAAUUUUCUUGAUCAUCAGCUAAUCAACUGUGUGUGAUGAUUAGCAGUUCCUUCUUCUUCUUCUUCUCGAUUACCAAAAUUUAUGCAGACACACAGAGGGUAUUUAUUUUUGCCCAUGCUCCGUACAGGAGUUCAGAGUUUUUUGGUGAGUUUUGUGGCCAAAAUGCUCCUUUUUUUUUUUUUUUUUUUUUUCAAAAAAUGUAUUUAUUUAUAUAUCAUCCUUUAUUUGGCUGGGGGCAGAAAACUAAAAUCGCAGUUGCACGAAAUUGUUUUGCACGGUCUUUCGCAGUGAUGUUUGUUGGUAAAUGAGAACUUUUUAGCUGUACCCAUGUCCAACGCACGUGAAUCGAAGAGGGAUUUGGCUGGACGCGCAUUGUGAUCUGCGGUAAUUUUGAAAAAAUUCAAGCUCCUCGGUAUAUUGCAGAGUUUGUUUAAUUUUGCGUUCAAUUCUGCGAUGGCAAAAAUCACAAAAUCCUGGAGGGACUGAUUGUACUGUUGCAUGUUGGCUGACGUGUAUCAAAUUUUCUAUGUGGAUUGUCCAGAAAACACAGUAGCCCUAGGACAUAUUCCAGUGUAUGUCGCAAAUAAGGCUGGGUGAAUAUGUAAUGAUAAUGUAAUAUUACUGUACCGCAUUGUAGACAAAAUACGGUUGUCCUAAUGUGUGAAUACAGAGAACGCUACAGGUCCUUGGUUGUACUGGUUUUAAAUUUUUUCGUUCACUGGCGUGAUGUAUCUCUGAGUCAUAAAUGCCAUUUCUGAACCAUAAAUGUUGGCACCUCUGUUACAAUUAGUAUUGUUUUUCAGAUGUACACGUUCAGUAUUAUAAAUAUAAAUACAAAAAUCUUUACGAAGGAAAAGAAAAUCCACGCCUUGAUGUACAAACAUUAAUCUGGCAGGAAUCGUGCCCCCCACACUGACCCAAGCCUUGGUACUGGAGCCGUGUACAUUUGCAUUGCAUGUUACUCCGUAUACUAGAAGGAGACGGGUUGGAGACUCGUUAUGAAGUAGUGCCUAGUGAUCCAUACCUUGGGAACCGAAUAAGCAAACCACAGCUGUUUUUUUUUGUUGUUUAUUUCGGUUUGUUUGUUUGGUUUUUUUGGCGGGGGGUUCCCUCUGCAUUAAGAAUUUAAUCCAAAGCAUUGUGACAAACAUCAUCGUGACUCUAGACUUUCCAAACGAUGAGGGGUUGGAUCACUCCAUUUAGCCAAAUUUGGAUUGCACUGUGGAGAAAAAGAAUUGCGUCUACUAUUUUUCAGAUCUGUUUCUCGUCCUACUUUCUGCCUGGACAUACAAGACAAUCUAUUAUGCAUGAAGUUUUGUGAACAAAUGUCUCAAUCAUAUUUCGUUACUAAGUUUUAUUUAUGAAUGUGUAGAUAUUUGUUGUUAAGGAAGGUGUGAAAACAGUACACGAAGACACGGUGGUGUUUUCGCUCUUUGAUUUUCUCGACAUCUUUCCCUAUGCUGUUAAAAAAAAAAAAAACUGGAAGUAGUCGUUCGCUAAUCUCUUCUCGAGCAGACAUUGUGUGUUUUUUAUUACUAAUAAUUAUGAUUAUGUACUCUAUGCACAAACGGUACUUGUUACUUUAUUUUUCUUACAAUGUUUUAGUUUUGGUUUGUGGCCAAAAUCAAUUUUACCAUAUCAGGCCUUGUGUUUUUGGUUUGUGUAGUGAUGUCUGUAAGUGUGAUGAAGGAAUAAACUGCAAGCAGGA